GAACGCAGUAGGUAAUUUCAUGGAUAUUCAAGGACAGACAACAAAGCUGGAAACAUCUGUAUGGAUUGUUUCAUUACAGCCCCACGAUGCUUGGAUUUGAAUCCCUUCCAGAUCCCACGGACACCUGGGAAAUCGUAGAGACCAUAGGUAAAGGCACCUAUGGCAAGGUCUACAAGGUCACUAACAGGAGAGAUGGGAGCCUGGCUGCAGUAAAAAUUCUGGACCCAAUCAGUGAUAUGGAUGAAGAGAUUGAGGCAGAAUAUAACAUUUUGCAGUUUCUUCCUAAUCACCCCAACGUUGUGAAGUUUUAUGGGAUGUUUUACAAAGCAGAUCACUGUGUGGGAGGACAGCUGUGGCUGGUCCUGGAGCUGUGUAAUGGGGGCUCAGUCACCGAGCUUGUCAAAGGGCUGCUCAGGCUCGGCCAGCGGUUGGACGAAGCGGUGAUCUCAUACAUCUUACAUGGGGCCCUGUUGGGCCUUCAGCAUUUGCACAAUAACCGAAUCAUCCACCGUGAUGUCAAGGGGAAUAACAUUCUUCUGACAACAGAAGGAGGAGUUAAGCUCGUUGACUUUGGUGUGUCAGCUCAACUCACCAACACACGUCUGCGGAGGAACACGUCGGUCGGCACCCCGUUCUGGAUGGCCCCCGAGGUUAUUGCUUGUGAGCAACAGUAUGACUCUUCCUAUGACGCACGCUGUGACGUCUGGUCCUUGGGGAUUACAGCUAUUGAGCUGGGGGACGGAGACCCUCCCCUCUUUGACAUGCAUCCUGUGAAAACGCUCUUUAAGAUUCCAAGAAAUCCUCCACCUACUUUACUUCAUCCAGAAAAAUGGUGUGAGGAAUUCAACCACUUUAUUUCACAUUUUGCAGGCCAAGCCUGGAUCCAGAGUUUUCCUUUUCACUCCAUUGCUGCACACAGAUGCCCUUGAUUGACCUUCUCUAAACUGUUGGUCUAGAAAAACCCAUUACAUAUUCACAAAAU